AUGGCAACAUCGAGUACGCGUCGUGAACAUGUGGAACAUUACAUUGCCACGUUGGACGAUCGCGAUCUGGCCAAGCAGAUGACCCUACUACGAUUGGCCUAUGUCAAUGUGCUGGAUGAGACGUUGCGUGCAUGCAAAAGCAUUGAGAGUCGUCAGUCAGAGACGUCGACAGGAUCGAACAAGUUUUACCAGCGAGCGAAUGCCUCCCCAAAUCCUACGUCAUCCAAGACUGCUCGGGCGGUGAGGGCAAUCCGUGAGCGGAUCGAAAGUAGCGAAUCAGAAUUGGACUCGAUUGGAUCGGAUGAAGACAAGGAUCGCCGCCGAGUUUGUGUGACCACUACAUCUGGUCAAGAGAUAUCGGAUCAAGAUCAUCGUACCUGGCAGAAGAAUACUAGUGAAGAAGAUAGACGUGAUCGAGGUGGAAAAUCGAAGGCAUGCACCCACUGCGGAUCAACGCGACAUGAUGAUCAUUGA